AUGGAGUCAUUUCGUGUUCAGCUGUCUCGUGAAUUAGUAGGAUUUGAAAAAUUAUUUUGUUUAUACGGAAAUUGGGUAACAAUUGCGCAUGUGGCUCAUCUUAGUGGAGAUGCAAGUUUGUUGCUGAAUAAUGCUGAUCAUGUCAUUCGUCAAUUAUUAAAGCGUCAUCCACGACUUAGAUCGCGUGUGCGCAUUCAUCGUGAUCAAGUAGAUUCGCUGAAUCAGACGUGUCUAUUUGAAACACUUGAAUAUGACAAUGUUUUUACGAGUAUCGACGUGUUGAAGCAUUUCUAUGAAAUUCGUCAUACUCACGAUGUCAAUGAAUGGAAAAAGCUAACUGAAGAGGAAUGUAAUCGUAACCCGUAUGAUCCGACGCUUUCGUUAAUUUUUCCUGUGUUCCGUUUUUUAUUCGUAUUAAAUACGCAUGAUCACCACGAAUUUCAAUUGAUUCUGUUCUCCAAUCAUUGUGCAACAGAUGGUGAAAGUGGUUACAUAAUCAUCAAUGAUUUCCUCAGUCUAGCCAAAAGUCCUGUUGAUCAAGAACCGUCAAGUGAAAAUACCAGUGAGAACGACAUUUGUCGACGAUAA